UUGCAGGUUUCUUUAGAGGCGGAUGGUCCCCGUAAGGCAAAAUCAUUUCAUAUUACUAUUCGUAAGAUUGAAGAAAUCAAUAUAGAAAGAUUGUUAAAUUAUCUUAAGGGCUCGGCUCAAUUAACUGGUGAAAUUCAAACAUGUGUUACAAUCUUGAACACUGUAUUGAAUUAUAAACCACGAAAUAAUUUUGCUGUUGUCAAGCGAGGAGUUUUUCCGGAGACCAAUGACAGACCAAAGUAUUUAUACGGAGGAAUUGAAUUAAAAACUGGAUUCUGUCAAUCAAUGAGACCUGCAAUUAAACUUGUAUUAGGAUAUAUGAUCGUAAAUGUUGAUACAUGUGCUGCUGUAUUUCAUCCUGAUGGAUCAUUAUUGGAUUACGUUGCAAAGAUUUUAGGUAAAAGAAAUGUUGAAGAAUUGCGACGUGGAAUCAGUGACAGCGAACGAAGAAAUCUUGAACGCAAUUUGAAGGGAUUAAUAAUCAAAGUUAUCCAUCGAGGAGAGAAACAAACAAAAUACAAAAUAGAACGUUUAACAAGUCAAGCUGCUGAUUUUACUACAUUUACGAAUAAAAAGGAAGGAGUAGAAAUGAGCGUAGCUGAUUAUUUCGCGCAAACGUAUAAUCAUUCUUUGGAAUUUAAAUCUCUUCCUUGCCUUGUGGUAAAGAAAAACUUGUUUAUUCCAAUGGAAGUCUGUGAUAUUCUUCCUGGUCAAAAGUACGAGAAAACAAUUGGAGAUAAGGCCAAAGCAGAUAUGAUCAAAUUUACGGCCUGUAAGCCUCAAGAACGAUUCGACAAAAUAGAAAAUUGCAUCCAAAAUAUUUUUAAGCACAACGAAGAUGAAAAUUUGCGUGAUUUUGAAAUUAAAAUUGAUCCUAAGAUGAUGACUGUCGAUGGAAGAGUUUUAAAAUCUCCAACAGUUAUGUUUAAUGCAAAUAGCAAACAACAAAAUAUAUUCCCUGUUCAAAACGGACGUUGGAAUCCCAAAGACCUUGUUCUACUCAGAACAAAGCCAUUGCAUAACUGGUCAGUUCUUGUUUUAGCUGACAGAAGAUCAUGUCCUAUGGAACAAGUGAAAAGGUGUAUGAUAGGACUAAAACAAAAAUUGAUUGAAUUCGGAAUGGAAGUGGGAAAUGAUCCUUACAUAAAUUACGAAAAUCCGCAGGGAAAUAUUGAAUCGUCAUUACAAAUUUCUGUUCAGAAGGCUCAUAAUAAUAAAUCAUUUCCGCCACAACUGUUAAUUGUCAUUAUUCCAAGAAAACCAUCUCCAUUAUAUGGCGAAGUUAAAAUGAUUGCUGAUACUAAAAUUGGAAUUGUUACCCAAUGCAUACUCGCUGAAAAAUUACGUAAUCCAAACAACAAAUCUUUAUGGGCUAAUAUUGGAUUAAAAAUAAAUGCCAAACUAGGCGGUCAUAAUUGUAAUCUUAUAAAAGAAGAACUUUCGACAAUUGGAAAAGUCCCUACGAUGAUUGUUGGAGCAGAUAUUUCUCAUCCUGGUGUAGGACAAAAAGAUCAACCUAGCAUUGCAGCAGUCUGCGCCUCCGUUGAACCAAAUGCAACUACUUAUUACGGUAGAAUUAGUGUCAAUAAGCAAAUCCGAAAUGAAACGAUCGAAUGUCUCGGAGAAAUGAUUUCUGAUUUACUGAAAGCAUUUUAUGAGAAAAAUAAAGUUCUUCCAAAACGAAUGAUUUUUUAUCGGGAUGGUGUGAGCGAGGGCCAAUUUCGUAGUGUAUUAAACAGAGAAGUAAUCGCAUUAAAAAACGCUUUUGAUAAAAUUUACCAAAAGGACCCACCAAAUUUGACCUUUAUUAUAGCACAAAAGAGGCAUCAUACUAGAUUUAUUCCAAUAAAUAGAAGAGAUGCGGAUAAAUUAGGAAAUUGUAUUCCCGGAACUGUUGUGGAUCAAUCAAUUGUUCAUUGUAAUGAAUUCGAUUUUUAUUUACAAUCUCAUUCUGGACUUCAAGGAACCACACGUCCGACUCAUUAUUAUGUUUUACAUGAUGAAAAUAAAUUUGGCGCUGAUGAAAUUCAGAAUUUAACCUACCGAUUAUGUUAUCUUUAUGCAAGAUGUUCUUCAGCAAUAUCCGUGGUACCUCCAAUUGCUUAUGCACAUCUAUUAGCAGCACGCGCUCGACUUUAUCCAACCAUAGAAGUACCGGGAGAACAAAAUUGUGAAGAAUCGGAAAGCAUUUCUUCAAUUCCUUUAGUUUCUAAGGAAUUAGCUAAAGUCAUGUAUUUUGUUUAA